UAAGCUCCGAGUUAAAGUACAAAAUUCAGUGGGAUAUUUUUUUUAAACAUCAUUUUUAAAUACACAUUUCAUACAUUAUUUAGCCAUGGAUAUGUUUUGCAAAUUUCUAAGUGCCGACCUGUAUUGCUUACUAAAACAGAUUUUUAACCAUCUAAGCUCCGGGCCUUCGCCUUCCGAUUUUGAUGAAGAGUUGCUUAUUGAAAGAGUGCAAUGUGAAGUGGAUAUAGCGGUCGAACUAGUGACACGUCCUAGUUAUACAAUCAGGCACAAGUACCCAGGUCCCUUGGUUACCUACGACGGUGAGGCGAGGUGUGAGCCGCGUCUUAUUCGCUUUUCCGACUUGAACAGCAGCCAAUUGGGUCUCAUUUUCGAGGCCUAUGAAGAAGUCGAUGAUAUAAAUGAGAAACAGGUGAAGAAUUGCCCCGAGGAAGAGGAUCCUUGCGAGGAGAAGCCCAGAAGCAGGGUGACUUUCAAGGAGGAGCCAAAGUGUUCUAAUAAAAAGAGGAAUUUCGGAUGUCAAGCGAGUUAUACCUUGGAAGACGAAUGCUCUGAAGAGGACUCAGAGGAUAGUAAUGAUCAGAGAGAGGGAUUCAACACCACGCUUGUGUAUUUUUUAAAGGGUCUUUUUCCCCAAAAGAAAUGCUCAAACAAGUCCAGGUUGGCUGGAGGCAAGGAGAAACCCGACUUUGAUGAAAAUCCAGCCUCUGAUAAGGAACUCGAGAAGUUGGAGGAUAGCGCCAAGGCCAUAUACGAUGAUUAUAUAACAUCGACUUGUAAGUCAGCAUCAUGGAACUCCUUGAAGCCAGCGGCAAAGCUGCGUUUUCAGUGGAAAGCCUUGACAGGCGAUGACCUGAAGGAAACCCCCUACGAGAAUUUCAGCGCCAGUUUCACGAGGAGUUUUCGCGAGGCUUUUCCCUCUGCCAAAGCUGCGUCGCUGAGAAACGAGAAGAGGUUAGCCUGGUGCCACAUGGAUCGCAGCCAGCGAAUGCCCUUCAUACUGCAGGCCCUACUGUACCAAGUGGCCAUGGGAGCCAUCGAUCCCGAUGAUCACUGUGCCGUGCGCGAACUCUUUCACAAGCUGAGAUAGAGAUAAGGGAAAGAGGGGUUUUCCAUUUCCAUUUCGAUUUUAUACGAACCAGAUGUCUUCGCUGUGGCCAAUCUAUUUUCGUGCCGAUCCUCAAGAAAUUCGCAGUUCUCCCCCCUCGGUUCUUGCUCUUGAACCAGAUUUGUGGAGAGUAAUGGAUCCCCUACUUCUGGCCAAGGUCGCCCCGCUGACAUGGCAUUGGCACUCGAUUAACAAUUAAGAAGCGCCGCCAAGGUCGCGCAGAAUUAAGAUGGAAAAUCUCAAACAACCUAGCCGGGGAAAACUCGGACCUGGGGGCCGGAAUCAAUUUCCCAUGCGCAUACAUUAGCAAUAAAAAUUUGUUGUACCCCCUGGAACAGAAACAAAUAAAACAAACGAGAAGUAAA